ACAAAUGAUCGUAGGGUACUAAAGAUGGCGUCAUCAAGUGUUAGGGAGGACAAAUACCGCCCCUUUAUGCGCGAAGACAGUGAGAAGAACAUCAAAUGGAGAUAUGGUGCCCCUCCAAAUUAUGACGUUGUCAACAAAUUAUUUGAUGAAGGCAGAACCAAGGUAUGGCCUCCGGGUUCACUUGAAGAAAAGGUGCAGACUUUAGUGAAGAAUUGGGAGAUGGAAAUGUUCCACAAGGAGGAUUUCAAGGAUAACAGAUCAGUGGACCCAGAGAAAUACACUUUCAGCCUAAACGGAAGGAAGCCUAUUAGUUUGGAAGAGAAAAGGAAGCUUGGAGGAGGGUAUAUUCCACUGCUGCAAACCUCUAUACCAGAGAAACUGAGGCCUUACAACCCAUAUGAAGAAACAGCAGAUUCAUCCCAUAAGGCCUUCACGACAACAUUCCCACGUGGGUUUGCUUUGGAAAUUCUGCACGUGUACUCUGGACCACCCGUGAUUGUGUACAAGUUCAGGCACUGGGGCUACAUGGAGGGUCCCUUCAAAGGCCACGCCCCCACUGGAGACAAAAUUGAAGUCUAUGGGAUGGCCAUUUUCACGUUGGAUGAGAAUUCAAAAAUCGUGAAGGUGGAGUUCUUUUAUGAUCCUGCCGAAUUGCUUGGAGGUCUCCUGAAAGGUCCCAAGUUUGAUGGCAGUGCUGAAGAUGCUGUUGCAAGCUGUCCUGUACUCAGGAACACCGGCUAGAGCAGCACAAGUUCAAAAAGUUUAACCUUUGAAGUAAAGGUUUAAUUGCAGUUGUUGCAUCAAUGGCUUGUUUAACUUUUAGUUUUUACAGUUAUAUCUGUAGGUAAUAUUUACUGCAGACUCUCCAAAUCCAAGCAAAUUAAUGUUGUAAUCAAUAACACCCCCACCCCCCUUUCCCCCAUGUAAUAAUAAGCUUGGUCAAUUAUAAAAUAUUUCCUGAUAAUGCCUUCCAAAA